ACUUUGGUUUUCUUUCCGUCCAGCAUCUUACCAUAAUCAUUUCUUGUGUUAAUCGAAAUUAUCCAAGAAAAUAUAAAGGUAAACGGAAAAAAUCAGAGGUGAAACUGGCAUAAACAAUUUCGUUUAAUUUCGUUUAUUAUACAACAGACACAUCAUCAAUAUUUAUCAUCUUUUAAAGACAUAAGAUGUUAUACUGAACAAAUAUAACCAUAUUCAUAUAAAUUUAAGGAAUUAUUUUGAAAAAUUUCUCUGGAAUGAGUAAUAUACAAUUCUGCGUUUUAAAUAUCUUCAUAUAAAUUUAUAAAGCACUCUCCAUUCAGAUGAUGGACACAUAGCAGAAAAAAAAGGAAAGCAGCAAACAUAUAUAUUGUGGUGAGAGAAGAAAAAUUAUUAGUGAAUCAGUUAAACAGCUGUUAUUUUUUGUUCUAUAAAGAUGGCAAAAAGCUUGGCAAAGUCUUCAUAUGAAUGUGAUAUCUGUAACAAGUCAUUCAGUUCAAAAGGUAAUCUAACUACACAUAUACGUAUUCAUACAGGAGAGAAACCAUAUCACUGUGAUAUCUGUGGUAAAAGGUUCUCAAGAAAAGACGAAUUGACUAUUCAUAAACGUGUUCAUACAGGAGAGAAACCAUAUCAGUGUGAUAUCUGUGGUCAAUCAUUCACUCGUAAAGAUAUUUUAACUACACACAAACGUAUUCACACAGGAGAGAAACCUUAUCACUGUGAUAUGUGUAGCAAAUCAUUCUCUACAAUUACUAACUUAACGGAUCAUAAACGUAUUCAUACUGGUGAAAGACCAUAUCAUUGUGAUUUCUGUGAUAAAUCAUUCAAUCAAAAUAAUCAGCUAACUAAACACAAACGUAUUCACACUGGGGAAAAACCCUAUCACUGUGACGCCUGUGACAAAUCAUUCUCUCGAAAUGAUGAGUUAACUACACACAAACAUAUUCAUACAGGAGAGAAACCUUAUCGGUGUGACAUCUGUGGUAAGUCAUACUUUGUAAAUAAUGCUUUGACUGUACACAAACGUAUUCAUACUGGAGAAAAACGAUUUAUUUGUGAUAUUUGUGGAAAAGCAUUUGUUGGAAGUAAUGAUUUAAAGGGACAUAAACGAAUUCAUACAGGAGAAAAACCAUAUCAUUGUGAUAUUUGUGGUAAGGCAUUCCCCCGAAGUGAUAGCUUGCGUAGUCACAAACGUAUUCAUACUGGAGAAAAGCCAUAUCAUUGUGAAAUCUGUGGUAAAUCAUUCUCUCAAAGUACUGCUGUAACUGUACAUAAACGUGUUCAUACUGGAGAAAAGCCUUAUAUUCGUGGUAAAGCAUUUUCACAAAGACCUGCUGUGACUGUACACAAGCACAUUCAUACAAAAGAAAAGCCAUAUCAUUGUGAUAUCUGCGGUAAAUCAUUCACUCGAAGUGAUUCUUUGCGUGAUCACAAACGUAUUCAUACUGGAGAAAGGCCAUAUCAUUGUGAUAUCUGUGGUAAAUCAUUCUCUUACAGAAAUGUAUUAACUCAGCACAAACAGAUUCAUAUGCGAGAUCUGUGGUAAGUCAUUCUCUCAACAUGAUUUAGCUGUUCACGUCUGUAUUGUUCCAUGAGAGAAAGACUGAAAAAUCUCUUAAAUAUAUCCUAUUCAUAACCAUGUAUGAAACUAAAUAAGAAGGAAUAAACAAAUCAUAAAAUAUAGUCUUUCACCAUACUUUAAUAGGAUAGAAGUAUGUGAUGUACUUAUACAUCUGGAUUGUGGGUACACUUUUUCUGUAUGUUGUGUAUAUUCUUUCAGGUAUAUUAUGUUGAUUCUUGUUUUAUCAUUAUUGUAUUUGAUCAAGAGACCAAUUCUUUUGUUGGUAAUGUCUUUAAUUUAAACUACGACAUGGUUCCUUCAUGAGUUUAUGGUGAAAAUUAAUGUUAAGUUGUCAUUGCUGUAUUAAACUUUACAUAAAAACAAAAUUGGUGGAAAAAUUUUCUGAAUUAAUAUCAUCAAUGUUUUUUUUUUAUGUCCAUUGUCAAUGCAGGAAUGUGUUGGACCACAUCAUCACCAUCAUCAUCAUUAUUGUAUGAUGAUUAUAAAGAUUGUCAUCUCAAGCAGUUUGUCAUUUCAAGUGUAAAUUCCAAAGUUCUGACUGCAACAGUCUCUUUGUAUUUUUAUAAUAAGUUAAACUCUAAAUAAAACUGGUUUUCUCUGAAA